GCGAGUAUAGGAGGAAGCUGUUUGGUCUCAGAAUGUGUUUACGAUUGGACACAUGUUUUUAACAUUUUAUCUCGUUUACCACCAUGAAAAUUAAUGAGAAUACUUUACUGGAGGGACAGAAAGUCGUGUUGGUUCCUUACAAUGAAGAACACGUACCCAGGUAUCACGAGUGGAUGAAGUCUCCUGAACUGCAGCAGCUGACCGCUUCAGAGCCGCUCAGCCUGGAACAAGAGUACGACAUGCAGAGGAGCUGGAGGGACGACAACGACAAGUGCACGUUUAUCAUCUUGGACAAGCAGCGGUGGGCGGACCCCAGCGUUGAGGAGGAGCAAUGCAUGCUGGGAGAUGUCAACAUCUUCCUGACUGACCCCACAGACCUGUCUGUAGCAGAGCUGGAGAUCAUGAUAGCAGAGCCGAGUUACAGAGGCAGGGGCGUUGGGAAGGAGGUGACGAGCAUGAUGAUGAGCUACGGAGUCGCCAAACUCGGAAUCAAAAAGUUUCAAGCUAAAAUAGGUCUGGACAACCAGGUCAGCGUGGCCAUGUUCAAGAAGCUGCGCUUCAACGAGGUGUCGGUGUGCGACGUGUUCAGAGAGGUGACCCUUGAGCUGACGGUGGACGAGUCCGUUCGGGCGACGCUGCAGGACGAUGUGGUUUACAUGAAGGAGCGAGACUACAGACAAACGUGCAGCAGCAGGCACGAACUGUUUUCACAGUAAGAUGCUGCUCCCUCACCUCUUAAAGGCUUUAAGACGUGGAGCGGGUCAGGCUGCUCUCAGGUGGGGGAAAUGA